AUGGCUAAGAAUCUAUUGUAUCUUUCAAAAGCUUCCCUUCUUCUCUUAAUUCAACAUCUCAUGAUUCAAUCAGGAAGUUUUAUAAAUGCCAGUCAGAUCCCAGAAUUUUCCAAUUCCUUCAAAGAUCUAGAGGGAUCCUACAAGGGUCUGAGGGUGCUAGGCUUACAUGAAGCCAAGCUCUACCUCAACAAGUUCGGAUACUUAAACUACAAAGAUUCAAACAAAAUUGAAGAUGAUGAGUUUGACAAGGACUUGGAGGUCGCCAUCAAAACAUACCAGACUUUUUUUGAUUUGAAGGUUACUGGAAAGCUUGACGCUGACACCAUCAAACCAAUGUCAAUUCCGCGUUGUGGAGUAGCUGAUAGUAUCAAUAAUGGUAGUCUAAUUCAUCCACAGUUUUCAUUUACUGCUGGUAAGCCAAAAUGGCCAUAUAAUGAGCGUCACCUCUUAUAUGCUAUUCAAUCCGGUGUUGCUACACCUGAUUUGGAUUUGGCCGACAUAAAGGAAGCUUGCUCGUAUGCUUUCGGAGAGUGGGAGAAACCCUUUGAUUUCACAUUUGAAUUCACAGAAGAAGUUGGAGAUGCUGACAUUGUUUUAGGAUUCUUCCACGGUGAUCAUGGGGACGGUCAUCCUUUUGAUGGGAUUGGUGGCAUUUUAGCUCAUGCGUAUCCUCCAACAAAUGGCAGGAUGCAUUUUGAUGCAGAUGAGUUUUGGAGUAACAGUCUUAACUUAAAACCAUAUGAAACGGACCUGAAGGGCGUUACACUUCAUGAGAUAGGGCACAUUCUUGGACUUAGUCAUAGUAAGCUUAAAAAAGCCAUUAUGUAUCCCUAUUUUGACAUAGGAGAAAAUAAGAGGGGUUUGAGUUCAGAUGAUGAGAAAGGUUUACUUGUUUUAUAUACUAGUGGAUAA